GAGAUCAACGAGCUCAAUUCGGUGUGCAAGAGCAUCGCCCACCUCAUCGACGCCCACACGCCCGUGACUCAAGAAGACAUGGAUUUCACCUUCAGCGUGUCUCCCGGGUAUGGUUCCAUCGACGAGCCAGCCGACGGAGGAGGGGUUCAGGUGGUGGCCCCCCCAGACACUUACUGCCACAUGAUGGUUGGCUUGCGCCAGACCAUCGUCGCCGACCCGGACAUCAAGAACUUGCACGACGAGUGGGAGAUGUCGUUGCUAGCCGGUCCAGAUCUCAUGAACAAGGUCAGUGAGAUGGAGCGCAAUUUGCGGAGCGCCAACGAGGAAAAGAAGAACGCAGCAGGCAUCGAGGCUCUCAAGGAGCUCCCAGCCAUCAUCCUCCAAGUCCGCAAGGACAGCACCCGUAUGCUCCAGCACGACCUCUUGGAGUUCGUGAAGACCCGUUGCGAGGACAUCCUCAAGUGUGGCGACGACCCAUCGAAGCAGGAAGUCUUGAUGAGAAUUUUUUUCACGAGUGCUUGGGACUGCGCCAAGCAGUGUCCAAGCACAGAGUCAUAUUUCAAGGCGACUUUGAAGGCGCAUCUCAGCUCCAUUGCCCACGUGGAGGAGGCCACCAGGACCGCGCGCAAGUUGCGCGGUGUUACCACGGCAGCAACAGAUAUCAUGGACGCCCUCGAAAACACCACCAGCAAGCACUGGAGCGAACUCCAGCAGGCGCUUGAUUCGGCAAAAGGAUUGGUUUUCUCCACUGGCAACUCCGACAAAGCCUCCGCCUUGUGGACGCAUUUCUACAACGUCAUGGGCACUUCUGCCAGCGACAGCUGGAAAGAUAUCAGCUUGGAGAACGUCGCGAUCUUGCAUGACCUCUACAAGCUGCUCCCUGUGGAGGACGACGGCAGUGCGGUGUCCAUGAAGCUCGUGGUCCAGCACGACAUCAACAUCUGCCAGGACGCGCUCACCAUCCUGGGCGCCAUCAACGAUUUCACGAACCUCGGCGACACCUUGGAGGCCCAGACCACCAAUGACGUUCCCCAGAAGGGCGAGUUGAGCAAG